CUUUGCGCAAGGCAGCCCUACAUGAAAAGCCAUGGAAGAUAAAGCACAGAUCCAAGAGGCCAUUAAAAUCCAGGGGGAAGUCGUUCGGAAGCUAAAAUCCGAGAAGGCGAACAAAGAGCAGUGCUAGGGUUGCUUACCACUUUUCUCCUGUUCUUCCUGCCCGGCCCUGGAUGACCUCCUCCUGCCGGAUCCUUCAACCCAACCGACGACGCUGCACUGCUCACCUCCUGGUUCUCCACCUGGGAUCACUGUUACCAUGAUGCACCCCUGAACUUUGCUUUGCCCACUUUCUGGCCCUUUUUUCUUGUCGUUCUUGUUGUGCUCCUAUUGCGGGAUGGCCAUGGUGGCUCUGUCCUGCGUCCGUGGCUGCUCUGGUGUGGGGGUGAUCCGGACUGCACUGCGUCUUCCACACCUGCGUUCUGUCUCUGGCAUCACUGUGGCUCAGAUCGACGAAGAAGUAGCCAAACUGCUUGAACUGAAGGCUCGGCUGGGAGGAGAUGAUGGCAAACACCAGUUUGUGCUCAAAACGCCAAAGGGAACAAGGGACUACAAUCCCAAGCAGAUGGCCAUCAGAGAGAAGGUCUUCAACACCAUCACCCGCUGCUUCAAACGCCAUGGAGCGGAGACCAUCGACACGCCUGUGUUUGAACUGAAGGAAACGCUGACGGGGAAGUACGGAGAAGAUUCCAAGCUCAUCUAUGACCUCAAAGACCAGGGAGGAGAGCUGCUGUCUCUGAGAUACGACCUGACUGUGCCAUUUGCCCGCUACCUGGCCAUGAACAAGAUAACCAACAUCAAACGCUACCACAUCGCUAAGGUCUAUCGCCGUGACAACCCGGCCAUGACCCGGGGCCGCUACAGAGAGUUCUAUCAGUGUGACUUCGACAUAGCCGGCCAGUACGACGCCAUGAUCCCAGACGCAGAGUGUCUGAAGAUCGUCCACGAAAUCCUCAGUGAGCUGGAGCUGGGAGACUUUCGCAUCAAGGUCAACGACAGGCGCAUCCUGGAUGGGAUGUUUGCUGUGUGUGGCGUUCCAGACGACAAGUUCCGCACCAUCUGUUCAACCGUGGACAAACUGGAUAAGAUGCCUUGGGAGGAGGUGAAGAAGGAGAUGGUGAAUGAAAAGGGUCUGUCUGAGGAGGCUGCAGACCAGAUUGGGGAGUACGUCAGCCAGCAUGGGGGAAUGGACCUGGCAGAGCGCCUCCUACUGGACCCCAGAAUGGCUCAGAGUAAGCAGGCCUGCGCUGGCCUGUCAGACAUCAAGCUUCUGUUUAGCUACCUGCAGCUGUUCCAGGUCACAGACAAGGUAGAGUUUGAUCUCAGUCUGGCCCGUGGACUGGAUUAUUACACUGGAGUCAUUUAUGAGGCAGUGCUGACUCAGGCCGGCGUGUCCAACGACGCCCAGAAUGGGGCGGAGGAGAGCGUCAGCGUGGGGAGUGUGGCCGGAGGGGGCCGAUACGACGGCCUGGUGGGCAUGUUCGACCCAAAGGGCAGAAAGGUGCCGUGUGUGGGAGUCAGCAUCGGCAUCGAGAGGAUCUUCUCCAUUAUGGAGCAGAAGGCUGAGGUGUCAGCGGAGAAGAUCCGAACUACAGAGGUGCAGGUCCUAGUGGCGUCUGCUCAGAAGAACCUGCUGGAGGAGAGACUCAGACUGGUCACUGAGCUCUGGAAUGCUGGCGUUAAGGCUGAGGUGAUGUACAAGAAGAACCCCAAACUGCUGAGUCAGCUGCAGCUGUGCGAGGAGACAGGGAUCCCCCUGGUGGCCAUACUGGGAGAACAGGAGCUGAAGGAUGGAGUGGUCAAGCUGCGUGUGGUGGCCACCAGAGAGGAGGUUGACAUUUCCCGAGCUGAUCUCAUUAGUGAGAUCAAGAGAAGAACUUCUAAAGCCUAACCAACGGUUCUGCUGAGCUUUGUACACGAGCCUCCAUAGAGCAUGAUGGCCUGAUUUAUUUGGGCAGCCGCCACACAGACUAGUGUAACUCACUGAAGCUUCUGGCUAUCAUGUUUCUGCAGCCUGCUGUGACAUCUGCAAGUGAAGCUGUCAGGGAGUGGUGUUCAGGUCCCAGUGGAGCUUACAUUUCAUACAGCGACUUCAGGUUCUGCCCAGACUACAUUUACCCACCUUCAAUGUGUAUAUUGUUCAGCUGUGUGCUCUGACGAACACAUGAGAAUUAAACCAGUCUUGUCUAAAACGUCA